UAUUUCCAGAAUGAAUUCGUACCUGAUAUCAAUAUGCCUAUUCCUGACGACAGCGCACUGUAUAUCACAAAGUGCUAAAUCACAAAUUAGGCAAGAGAAGAGGUUACAGAAAAGGGACUAUGGACAAAAUCCACUCAAAAAUUUUAGGCCUUCGUUACCUAUACAAGUCGAUGAAGAAUAUGAUGAUGAUGACAGCCAAACAGGAGCUACUCAAGACAGAACACCAACGUUCCAGAACUACCCCAUACCAGUGAAGGUUCAACAGCAGCAGUUCAAUAACUAUCCAGCUCAUGUAAAGCAGACUCCUAAACCAUAUCCCAUUCAGCAUCAACAACAGAGGAGACCUCAAGAGGGCAGACGACCCGAGGGUAACAAACUGGAGGACAAAGAAGAGGAAGAAGAGCCUGACCGCCUAACAGAACUUUUACCUCAGACCAAAUUCACGUGCAAUGCAAGAACUACUGGCUACUAUGCUGACGAAGAGUUGGGCUGCGAAGUAUUUCAUUAUUGCCAAGACAAUGCCAGACAUUCGUGGAUAUGCCCUAAUGGAUUUACAUUCCACCAGGUUCACCUUAUUUGUAUGCCACCUGGCAACGACAAUAUUUGUGAGAAGUCGUCUAGUUUCCACUUCGUGAAUGACUACCUCUACAAACCAAUCAACUUGGAGGAGUACCAACACAAACCAAACGUGACCCUAAGGUACUCAGACAGGUACUAUCCCGACGCACGUCGCCAACAAGAUGACGGGGACAAUCAACACCUCCAUUCUGUAAGUAUAAAAAAAUUAACUAUGCAAAUCACCAAAAUGGCAUUAUUAAUAAUUGUGGCGAUAAUACACAUUUCAAGCGACAAAGAGAAUGUGAAUGGCGUCACUGGAUAA